GCUAACGGUUUGAAGGAGACUAGCAUACUGUUGUUUUAUUAUUUUUAGUGCAAAUUUAUUUAGGCUCCAAAUUGAAACACUCGUCGAUUGCAAAGCUGACAGUAAUCCGUAUUUGAAAGGUAAACAUGCCCGUGCCUCAGAAACACGCGACAGUGAAAACUGCACAGGAAUUUAAUACUCGUGCCCAGUCAAAGGCACCUCUGGCAAAGGGCGUGAAAGUGAUCGGGAGAAAGAAGGAUGAUGAUGAUAGGAUCGAUACAGGUGAGGAAGAAUGGAUGCAGGGAAAGACUCUUGUAAAGCCCCCAGACCAGCUGGAUUUAACCGAGGCAGAGCUGAAAGAAGAAUUUACACGAAUACUAACAGCAAACAAUCCACAUGCUCCACAGAAUAUCGUCAGAUACAACUUCAAAGAGAGCUGUUACAAGCCCAUCAGCAGUGUGGAUCAGAUGGCUGUUCACUUUGUAUUGGAAGGGAACCUUGUGCAUAAGGAUUCUCAUGAGGCUCGAAGACAGGUGGCCAAACAAGGCGUCACAGAGGAUAUGAUAGUAGAGGAUGUGGUUGCUGAAGAGGAAAAACCUGAAACACCAGUGACAGGGCAGUUGGAGGGAGGAGAGGAUACGGCUGAAGGGGAGGAUGGUGGUGGCGAGGAGAGGCCAGACAGUGUGGAUAUCAGAGCUGGCAAGAAAGAACAGAAACUCACCAACCAGUUUAACUUCAGCGAGAGAGCCUCUCAGACUCUAAACAACCCUCCAAGAGAAAGAAGUUGUCAAACGAAACCUCCUCCUCGUGCACACUUCUCAGCAACAGCCAAUCAGUGGGAAAUAUAUGACUUUUAUGUAGAGGAACUUCAAAGGCAGGAGAAAAAUAAAGAGAAGCAGAAAACUCAGCCUUCAAAGAAAGAAGAGGAUAAAAUCAAGAAGAAGAUUAUCACUGUAGAAACUCAGAGUGAUGACAUAACCAAAAUAACUAAGGUGUCCAAGAUCAUUGAGCAUAUGGUAAACCAGAACACAUUUGAUGACGUUGCACAGGAUUUUAGGUACUUUGAAGACGCAUCCGAUGAGUUUCGAGAGCAGGAGGGCACUCUUCUCCCUCUGUGGAAAUUCCAUUAUGAUAAAGCCAAACGCCUGUCUGUGACUUCCCUCUGCUGGAAUCAAAAGCACAAGGAUUUUUUUGCAGUUGGACUUGGAUCAUAUGAUUUCACCAAACAGGGCCGUGGCAUGCUCCUCUUCAACACCCUCAAAAACCCCACGUACCCAGAAUUCAUCUUUACCACACUCUCAACCGUCAUGUGUGUAGCCAUCCAUGAAAAUCUCUCCUACCUGGUGGCUGUGGGUUUUUAUGAUGGUUGUGUUGCAGUGUACAAUCUCAAGGAACACAGCGAUCAGCCAGCUUACAUGAGCACAGCCAAAACGGGCAAGCACACAGACCCUGUGUGGCAGGUGAAGUGGCAGAAAGAUGAUCUGGACAGUAAUCACAACUUCUUCUCAGUGUCUUCUGAUGGACGGGUGGUGUCUUGGACUCUUGUGAAGAAUGAGCUAGUCUUCACAGAUAUCAUCAACUUGUCACUGGACAGCACAGCUUGUGGAACUGCUUUUGACUUCCAUAAACAGAUCGACUACCUUUUUCUUGUUGGCACUCUGGAUGGAAAGAUUCACAAGUGCUCCAAAUCAUAUUCUAGCCAGUUCCUGGAGACAUACGAUGCCCACAACAUGGCGGUUGAUGCUGUGAGGUGGAACCACUUCCAUCCCAAUGUGUUUAUCUCCUGCAGCUCAGACUGGAAAGUCAAAAUCUGGGAUCACACAAUCACGACACCCAUGUUUACCUUUGACCUGAACGCUGCAGUGGGAGACGUGGUCUGGGCUCCAUAUUCCUCCACUGUCUUUGCCGCUGUCACUAAUGAUGGAAAGGUUCACGUGUUUGACCUCAGUUUCAACAAAUUUGAGGCUCUCUGCCAGCAAGCAGUGGUAGCUAAGAAGACCAAGCUAUCACACGUCGAGUUCAACCCCGUCCACCCAAUCCUCAUCGUGGGCGACGACCGUGGCUGUGUCACCAGCCUGAAGCUCUCUCCCAACCUCCGCAAGAAGCCUAAGGAGAAGAAGGGCCAGGAGUUGCCGAAGGGUCCGGAGGUGGAGAUCGACAAGAUGGAGAAACUGUUGAGUUUGCUGAGGGAGUCUGGGAGCAAUCAGGCAUGAGAAUGAGAAAUCUACAAAAUGAACAAACACAUUUAUAUAUAAUAACAUUAAAUAUUAUUAUUACAUACUGGUUUGUAGCUUUCAACAUGCAUGUAAACAUACUGAUGGACUAAGUCACAAAACUAAACUUUUGAAAAUUGAAAACCUGGACUAUAAUGUAAGUAAAUAUUUCACAGAAUAAUAAAAAAAGACAAAGUCAUUGUAUAGAUAGUUCUAUGCAUUUAUUAAACACAUCUAUUAGUUGAUUUCCUCUCUUGCAAGUUAAAGAUGCUAGUAUAAGAUAUGUUAUUAGUUCAGCAAUCCCACAGGCUCUUUGCAUAAACAACAAGAAACCACAUUUCAUGAUAAUGCCUUUUUCAAACACAAAGCAGCACUUCAGCUCUUAUAAAAAUUUCAUUCUCACACUUUUGCUUUUAUUUGUUUGCACGUCCUCAUUAGCAUAGCAUCUACAGCUAGCAGGUUUGCUGCAGGUGUACCGUUGUGGGAUUUCGCUAAUGCUUUGUUAGGCACUACUGAAUGACACAAAAGAGGCCAUUGAGAGUCUCUUUCUCUUUACAUAAAACACUCCAGGCCGAGUGAUGCUGCUGCUGUAUGAGAGACACAAACACACUCCCAGCAGCCCACACUCAGCCAGCCCACUUCUCCUUCUCGAGUGGAUUUGAAUGUUGCCCCCAUUACACAGGCCUUUCCUUAACUAAACACGUCUUAACAUUUCUAAAAGCACACGUGUUCGUGAGAAGUUACGUCUGAUCGUAAAUGUUUUAGGGGGGUCACUUUUCAAUGGCUGUCAAAGGGGCAGUUUUUGGAACCUGAUGCUAGUUUUUAUCUAUCAGCAUGGGUUAAAGGGAUAGUUUACUUUAAAAAAAUCUGUUAUCAUUUAUUCAGUCUUAUGUUAUUUUAAACCUGUAUAUCGCUGCUGUCCUUCUGAAACCUCGUAUCUCCAUAUUUCGUGAUUUUUAAUCAUUAUUAUGAGUCACCCUUUAUGUUUGUCACUGGGUUUUGCCAAUAUCUAACCAAUAAAAUGUAUUAAAAAGUGCUUGUCAACGUUGACAACGCAGUAUUUAAUCAUUUAAAAAGCACUGUGUUCUUUCCAUUUCCUAAAAACAGGGAAUUUGAACAUACAAGGUUUUAGAAGAACAGCGACAAUAUGUGGAACACAAAAAAGUAGAUAGUCUGAGGAAUGUCUCUGUGGUUUUGUGUCCAUACAAUGGAAGUCAAUGGCGUCCAAUGUUGUUUGGUUAACAACAUUAUUCAAAUGUCUUUUGUGUUCUACAGAAGAAAGAAAGUCAUACAGGUUUGAAAUGACAAGAGGGUGAGUAAAUGAUGAAUAACUAAUUUUGGGGUGAACUAUCCCUUCAACUAACAACAAACCAAACCUGGAACCCAUUGGGUCACACAAUCACAUCUUUGGCAGCUCCAUCCCAUGCAACUUGCACAGUCUAAACGUAUCUUUUUCUCAUCCCUCAGUAUUUUGAACUUAUUUAGAUGGAUCCCCUCUCACAUUCACUACCUGAAU